CCCCUAAGAAAACGAUUAAUUUCAUCGGAGGGUAUCACUGUGUAUGAAGAGAGAGAAAGGAGGAGCACAGCACUACACAGCUCCGAAAUAGGAGGGGGAGAAAUUUUGUAUGCGUUGGAUUUCGUAGAUCUGAAUAAAUGACAAAUGUAUCAUUCAAAGAAUUUUCCUAGUGCAAGUUUAAUUGGAGUUAAUUCAUUAGUUCAUGGUCAGCACAUAGAUUGUGGUGGCAGCACAAUGGAUCCUGGCAGUGGAGGAAACAGUCUUGGCAACAACUCUAAUCUCGCUUCAAAACAACGUUUACGGUGGACACAUGAAUUACAUGAGCGCUUUGUUGAUGCUGUGGCUCAACUUGGUGGGCCAGAUCGUGCCACACCCAAAGGUGUCCUCAGAGUUAUGGGUGUACAAGGCUUGACCAUUUACCAUGUCAAAAGCCAUUUACAGAAAUACCGACUUGCAAAAUAUUUACCUGACUCCUCAUCUGAUGAAGGGAAAAAGGCUGACAAGAAAGAAACAGGGGAUAUGCUUUCCAAUCUUGAUGGUUCAUCUGGGAUGCAGAUUACUGAAGCACUAAAGCUUCAAAUGGAGGUUCAGAAGCGACUACAUGAACAAUUGGAGGUGCAGAGACAGCUACAAUUACGGAUAGAGGCCCAGGGUAAAUACCUGAAAAAGAUAAUCGAAGAACAGCAGCGGCUCAGUGGCGUUCUUUCGGAGACUCCUGGCUCUGGGGUUGCAGCCGUUGCUCCAGGGGAUGCAUGCCAAGAACCUGAUAAUAAGACUGACCCGUCAACCCCUGACCCUGAAAAGGCCGCCAAAGACCGUGCUCCGGCAAAAAGUCUUUCAAUAGAAUCUUUUUCAUCUCACCUUGAACCGAUGACACCAGAUUCUGGCUGCCAUGUUGGUUCCCCUGCUGAAAGCCCUAAAGGGGAGAGAUCAGCCAAGAAGCAACGAGUAAUCAUGGAUGGCGUGUAUUCUAAACCAGAAAUGGUGCUUCCACAUCAGAUACUGGAGUCAAGCAUGUCAUUAUACCAGCAACCUAACACUGUUUUUCUUGGCCAAGACCAAUUUGAUCCUUCUUUGGGUAUAUCUACCAGAAGUGGUGAGGAAUUGGAUAAGGUUGGUGGUGGUAAUCUGUGAUUUGCUAUAAUAUGUAGGUUGUGUUCAAGGACUCAUUCUAUCUUCCUUCUAAGCUUAGUUUGUGUUAUAUGUAUUCCUUAAUAGAUGAGGGAACCUGUUCUUCGUAGAUUCCCAAGGGAACCAGUUCAAAUGUUCAAUACUUGACUAAACAUCCAGCCUUUAAUUACUAUUUAGAUAACUAAGUUGAAUUGGAUUAAUAGAAAGAAUCUUGGCAUCGGCUAUGGUGAUUAUAAGAAGCUUAUGGGGAUUAUACUUAAUCUCUUGACUAGCCAAAGGAAUUGUGCAGAUGAUGAGGGAGUGCUGUGGUCUGGCUUUGGGGUAUAUUCUAACAGAUGACAUGUAGAAAAUUGGCAUUGGCUGUGAUUGAUUGUACCAAUCAUGAGACUUAAAUAUUUAAUUUAGUAUGCAUCAUUGUCACCUCCACUA